CGGGUCUUAGGCGAUUGCACAGUUCUUUCUGCACCAUUGGGGUGGCAGGUCGCGAAAACAGUAACCGAUUUUUAGCUCACGAGUUGACAGACAUCGAACGACAGACACAACCAUGGGGGAUAUGUUCCGGAGCGAGCAGAUGGCCCUGUGCCAGCUGUUCAUCCAGCCCGAGGCAGCCUAUGCCUCCAUUGCCGAGCUCGGCGAGAGCGGCUGCGUCCAGUUCCGGGAUCUGAACGAGGAGGUCAGCUCCUUCCAGCGCAAGUACGUUACGGAGGUUAGACGCUGCGACGACAUGGAGCGCCGCCUGCGCUACGUCGAGGCCGAGAUGAAGCGGGACGAGAUUGCUUUACCCCUGCUUGUUGGUGAGGAAGAGCCGGCCGCGCCCAAUCCCCGCGAGGCAGUCGACCUGGAGGCCCAGCUGGAGAAGACAGAGAACGAGCUGCGGGAGAUGGCUGCGAACGGGGCCAGCCUGAAGGCCAACUUCACGCACAUGGAGGAGCUGAAGUGUGUGCUGGAGAACACCGAAGGCUUCUUCUCCGACCAGGAGAUCAUUAACCUGGACUCCAAUCGCACGGUGGAUCCCAACGAUCCCACCCAGCAGCCGGGCGGACAGCGCGGGCAGCUGGCCUUUGUGGCCGGUGUGAUCAAGCUGGAGCGCUUCUUCUCCUUCGAGCGAAUGCUGUGGCGCAUCUCGCGCGGCAACAUCUUCCUGCGGCGCUGCGACAUCGAGGGACUGUGCGACGACGAGGAGACCGGUCGACCCGUGCUGAAGACCGUCUUUGUGGCCUUCUUCCAGGGCGAGCAGCUGAAGCAGCGCGUGAAGAAGGUCUGCUCAGGCUACCAUGCCUCCGUUUAUCCCUGCCCCAGCUCCCAUGCCGAGCGGGUCGAUAUGAUCAAGGACGUGAAUGUCCGCCUGGAGGACCUCAAGAUGGUGCUCAAUCAGAGCGCAGAUCACCGCUGCCGGGUGCUCACCUCGGCCGCGAAGCACCUGCCCCGCUGGUCCAUCAUGGUGCGCAAGAUGAAGGCCAUCUACCACAUCCUCAACUACUUCAAUCCGGAUGUGACGGGCAAGUGUCUGAUUGGCGAGGGUUGGGUGCCGGCCAACGAUCUGACCACGGUGCAGGAGGCCCUGGCACGCGGCUCCAAGCAGUCGGAGAGCUCCAUACCAGCCUUCAUGAAUGUGAUCGAGACGAACGAGCAGCCGCCGACCUAUACGCGGACGAACAAGUUCACCAAUGGCUUCCAGAACCUGGUCGACUCCUAUGGCAUUGCCUCGUACCGGGAGGUGAAUCCGGCCUUGUAUGCGUGCAUCACCUUUCCCUUUCUGUUCGCUGUGAUGUUCGGCGACCUGGGACACGGCAUCAUCUUGGUUUUAUUCGCCGGUUGGCUGAUCCUCAAGGAGGAGAAGCUGGCCGCCAUCAAGGAGGAGAUCUUCAACAUCUUCUUCGGCGGUCGCUACAUCAUCUUACUGAUGGGCCUCUUCUCCGUCUACACGGGCUUCAUCUACAACGAUGUGUUCUCCAAGUCGAUGAACAUCUUCGGCAGUGGCUGGAAUAUGAACUAUACAGAGGAGGUGAUGACUGACCCAACCCUCAAGUACUUAACACUGCGUCCCAACGACACCUUCUUCAAGACCUAUCCCCUGGGCAUGGAUCCCAUUUGGCAGAUGGCCGACAACAAAAUCAUUUUCCUCAACACCUUCAAGAUGAAGCUGUCGAUCAUCUUCGGCGUGCUGCACAUGGUCUUCGGCGUCUCCAUGUCCGUCGUGAAUUUCCUACACUACAAGAAGUAUGCCAGCAUCUUCCUGGAGUUCCUGCCCCAGCUGCUGUUCCUGCUGCUGCUCUUCGGCUACAUGGUCUUCAUGAUGUUCUUCAAGUGGCUCGUCUACAACGACACUGUCGAGGGGCCCCUUUCGCCGGCCUGUGCUCCCUCGAUUCUCAUUCUGUUCAUCAACAUGAUUCUGCAGGGAAGCCAGGACACGCCGGAGCCCUGCAAGGAGUUCAUGUUCGAGGGCCAGAAGGCCAUACAGAUGGUCUUCGUUGUGGUGGCGGUUAUCUGCAUUCCCUGGAUGCUGCUCGGCAAGCCGCUGUACAUAAUGAUGAAGCGACGCGGCAGUCCACCGCCCCUGCCCAAGUCCCAAGAAAGUGCCGCAGGAGGGGACCAUGGCGGUCACGGCGAAGACGAGCCAAUGGGUGAAAUCUUCAUCCACCAAGCCAUACACACAAUCGAGUACGUGCUGAGCACGGUCUCCCACACGGCUUCCUAUCUUCGUCUCUGGGCCCUGUCCCUGGCGCAUGCGCAGCUCUCCGAAGUGCUGUGGAACAUGGUCCUCGCAAAAGGAUUCAUAUUUAACAGCUAUAUUGGGGCCAUUGGCGUUUACCUGGUGUUUGGUGCCUGGGCGUCGCUCACUGUCGGCAUCCUGGUGCUCAUCGAAGGACUCUCUGCCUUCCUGCACACACUUCGCUUGCACUGGGUUGAGUUCAUGAGCAAGUUCUAUGAGGGCGCUGGUUACGCCUUUGAGCCCUUUGCCUUUAAGACCAUUCUGGUGGACGAGGAGGACUAGAGACAGACUCCUAGAUGGGACUCACACACACACACACAGAGGGAGAAAGA